GCUUGCGGCGGGGGCCUCGCGUUUGUCCAAUAUGGCGGCGCCCAGUGGCGGUGUGAAUUGUGAGGAGUUCGCCGAGUUCCAGGAAUUACUCAAGGUGAUGAGGACGAUUGAUGACAGAAUAGUACAUGAAUUAAACACUACGGUUCCAACAGCUUCCUUUGCAGGGAAAAUUGAUGCCAGCCAAACCUGUAAACAACUUUAUGAGUCUUUGAUGGAGGCUCAUGCCAGUAGGGACAGAGUCAUAAAAAAUUGUAUAGCUCAGACUUCAUCAGUAGUAAAACACCUCCGAGAAGAGAGAGAAAAGAAUUUGGAUGAUUUAACGUUAUUAAAGCAACUUAGAAAAGAACAAACAAAGUUGAAAUGGAUGCAGUCAGAACUGAAUGUUGAAGAAGUGGUAAAUGACAGGAGCUGGAAGGUGUUUAACGAACGCUGCCGAAUUCACUUCAAGCCUCCAAAGAAUGAAUAAAAGGAUACUUUUUUAAAAAGGACCGGGUCAUCUCAUAAGAGCUGAGCAUGACAGACAUCAACAAGGCGGGCUUCCUAGGACGAUUUCUGAGCCAACAGUCCAAGACCUUUUGUUGAUUUCAGCCCCGCUUAGCCAAGACCUCAAGUAUAAAUAAUUGUGAUAAUUAUGGAGAAAUCAACUGCUAUUUUAUACUGAUUCUGUAAAAAAAAAGAUGUUUUGUAACUAUUAAAAUAAUUUUCUGACUCAG